ACCUGCACAACAACAGAUUGUAAGUUACCUUGUUUUAGGCAUGAGAACUUAAUGCUCAUAUGUCUCUCUUUACUUCCUCCAUUACACCUCUACCUGCACAACAACAGCAUCAACUGCGUAUUGUAAGUUACCUUGUUUUAGGCAUGAGAACUUAAUGCUCAUGUGUCUCUCUUUACUUCCUCCAUUACACCUCUACCUGCACAACAACAGCCUGUAAGUUCUCUUCUUUUAGGCAUGAGUAUUUAAUG